AUGUCUCGAUUUCCUCCAUCGUCCGGGUUCAAUUCCCGUGACCGCUCUCCACAACGAUUUGGAGACCGACGUCCCCCAGCUGGUCCCCGUGGGCCCGACGACGGCCCUGCGCCAUUUGGCAGAGAUCCCCCGCGUGGUCCGCGAGCUUUGGUGGACUCUCCUCGGGGAGGUCACUUUGGCGGCGGCCGUGGCAGGGGAUAUGGCCGUGGCGAUUUCCGUGAUCGAGAUCGAGACCGCGACCGUGACUUUCGAGAUAAUCGAGAUGGCCCGCCAUUUCGCCGAGACCUAGAUCGCGACUGGCCCCGUCGAGGGCAUGACCGCGAUCGCGACUUCGACCCACGGGAUAACCGAAUAGGCUUUGGCCGAGGCCGUUCCCGAUCCCCCACGCGCGACUUCCGAGAUAUCAGAGAACCCCCAGGCCGUGAUUUUGAUCUCGUUCGGAUGCGACGCAAUUCCAGAGAUAGCAUUUUGUCAGCGUCAUCAGGAGGCCCAGAUGGCCCACCGCCCAACAUGGGUCACAUGCCGAGAGGGGGCAUGCGAGGACGAGGACGCGGAGAUUGGGAAGGAGGCCGUGGCAGAGGUGGACGACCCUUCCUCGAUGAUCGUGAUCUAUUCCGUCGACGUAGUCGCUCCCGGGAACCAUGGCGUGGUAGAGACAGAAUGAUGGACCGCGAUCGAGAAAGGGACAUGGACCGGGACAGGGUGCUAGAUCGCGAGCGAAUGAUGGAUCGAGAUCGGGAUCGCGACCUUCUGCGCCCAAGAGAGCGAGAACGGGAUCUUUUGGAUCGUGACUUGGACCGCCGAGACCGUUUUGACCGUCGUGAAGAUUGGGACAACAAUCGUCGACCUGAUCGCGAAGAUCGUGACCGCCCCGCCGAUUUCUGGAAACGAGAUCGUCCCCCAAGCCGGGCAGACAGCCGUGCCGCCAGCGGUUCAACGACCUCUUCGCAUCCUCCGAUUGAACAUCAACCCGUGGACCAAAUUCGGAAACCAUCGAUCAUUCCAGGUGCUCCUGCCCCCGACUCUGGACGCGAAGCCGAGCGAAACGACCACGCUGCGCCUCGACCAGAGCCAGUGAGGUCAAAUCCCAUUCGACCAAACCCCGCUCGGCCGGACACCUCCAGACCCGAUUCAUUUCAACCUGACAUUCCUCGCCAUGAAUCUACUCGAACUGGCCCCGCUCGAGCUGAGCCUUCUCGACCCGAAGCUGCUCGACUCGAACCCGCGCGGCCCGCAGCUACUAGAGCCGAACCUGCGCGACCCGAAGCUACUCGGUCCGAGUCUGCCCAGCAUGAUCCCGGUCGACCUGACCCUGUUCGACCAGAGCCCAUGAAAGAAUCGGGGCCAAUGGCUCGACGUUCCCCGCCUCCAGCUGCUCCUCAAGUACCCGCCUUUGGCUCAGUGGCUGCUCCAAUAAACACGCAACCCUCAAGCAAUGACUCCGUCGAGCGCAGGCCCUCAAAGGUCGCCCAACCCUUCGAGAAAGAUGGCCGCAAUACGACCCAACGGCCGCCGGUUCAGCCUCCUACCGGCCCAAAGGCUGACCGAGCCGACACGACACACUUCUUUGACCCUCGCACUCGUCAUGAAGGUCUCCGAGAGGCCGGUAAUCAGCACCCUUUGCCUCCUCGUAGCACCAAGACAUCUACCAAUCUUCCUGAUGUAUCACCGCCAACCGCCCCGGCCGCGAUGACCAGACCAGAUUCGGCUUUCGCAGUCAAUGAUCAAUUUUCAACAGGUAGAUCGAACUCACUCACAUCCUCUCCAACCUUCACCCGAGUUCCACCACCAGCCCCCCGAAUUCCGUCUCGCGAGCCUUCCAUGUCACCCCGAAUGCAAUCAUCUGGCAUCCCGACUGGUCCUCGAGCAUUGCAGUGGCCAGCAUCAGCAUCAUCCCCUCCAAGUCGAAAAGGCAGCAAGCAAUGGGUGCGCCCGGGCUAUGGUCGAACCCCUUCCGUCCCCAAUACGCAGUCAAAGCAAGAGCCUCAUGAUGAUGGGGAGACAGCGAUUUCCUUUACAAAUGAAGCUGGGCGACCAGUCAUUCGAGCUCCAUCUCCAUUUGACAUGGAUGAGCCCGAGAGUGGUGAAAUUUUACCCCAUGAGCCUACGAAGGAGCCGUCCCCAGUCUCUCCUAUGGAUCUUCCUAACAGGCGCAGUCCCCCAGCCGCUGAUGAUUCUAAGGAAGCCAAACAGCCUGCAGAAAAGGCGAAUGAUGAGGAACCUGCCAUGAUUCCCGAUUUCGAGCGCUCUAGUGACGAAGAUGACGGGGAGAAUAUCGUUUUCACGAAGGAGUAUCUGGAUGAAAGAAGACAGCUCUUCGAAAAAGAAAUGGAAUCUCUCCGAGCUGAACUGCCACCAUCUCCUUUGGAAGACCCCACUAUUGUGGCUCUUUUGAUGAAGAUACAGCUGCUUGGCAUUGUGGCCAACCAAGAUGUUGUUGAACAACCCAGUGAAGACCUCGCAGUACCAACGCCUGAACUGCCGACUGAGCAUCCAAAAGAGCCACCGCGGGAAUCUUCACUUGAACGUCCCGCCCAGCCGGCGCCGGAGCCCAAAGCAGACCCUAUGCUUUCAGCAGGGGCGGAAGACUCUAAGGACCAAACCAACACCGAGCGUGCAGUUUCAUUUGUUGCAGCUCCACUUGAACGCGAGCGAGAAUCCCCCGAAAAAACAAUUCUACCUCCUGUGGUUUCUCGAGACGAGGUCACCGUCAGCAAUUUGCCUUUCUUGCAGUCAGGCCCUCCAACGCCCAUUUCGGACAUGGAUGUGUAUCAGGAGAACAUCUUGAUCCAGGACCGUCUGAGAGACACAUUGACUACUGAGCUUUCAAAGGAACAAGAUGCACGCUUCAAGAAAAACGAACUGCUUCGCGACGAAUACCUGUCUUACUACAAACCAUGGCGAUUGGCCAUCUGGGAGCUCGACCGCAUGAAGGAUAAGCCAUCUGUUACCCCUGCUGCUGUAUCACCGCCUGUAUCCACGGUCCCAACAACCCCAGCACCGAUGCCAGAAGGCCGCGAAGGCCGUCGGUACAAAGGAAACAGCGAACUCGAUUUCCUCAAUGCACUGAAAGCCUCAGAGAUCUCGGCCCAAGAGGAACUCGAACGCCGAAGAACUAAAAUGGCGACCGCACGGCCAGACCUGGGUCGCGAAGCAAUUAUCCCCAAUAUGCUCGAACCCAAAGAAGAAAAGGCCAGCGUAUACAAGGAUGUGAACAACAUCAUCGAGUGCAACCGCGCUCUAGAUGUGUUUGGCUUCCUUCCGCCCCCGAACGACUUCACGCCCGAGGAACACACAGUUUUCACAGAUGCAUUCAUGGCUCACCCAAAAAGAUGGGGCAAGAUUGCCGAAUCUUUACCUGGUCGAACUUUCCAACAAUGCAUUGUGCAUUAUUAUUUGACCAAGGAAGAGAUCAAAUACAAGGCGAAACUCAACAAACGCUGGAGUAAGCGAAGCAAAACAAGCCGCAAAGGUGCACGCCCCAAGUCUAAUGCCCUUAUUGCGGACCUGGGCGUUGUCAAACCUGACUUCGAUGGCGCGGAGGACACCCCUGCUGUCACUGAUACUGGUCGUCCGCGACGUGCUGCAGCACCCACAUUCGGCGAUAAUGCAGAGCCAGAAAGCAAUGUGCCCAUGGGCCGUCGUGGCCAGUCAGUCCGGGACGGUGAACCGGUUGAACGUCCGCCUGCUCGACGAGGUGGGCGUGGUGGAGGUGGACGCGGUGGGCGGCGCAUGAAAGCGUCUCAGCCCGAUACAAAGACCCAGGCCCUUAUGCCACAGUCCAAUACGCCUUCAGUAACACCGACGCCUGUCGCCCUUGGAUCUGAGAUGGAAAUGACGCCGGAUACCAUCAUGGAAGGAUACGAAGCUCGUGAGCGCCAGCGCGAGCGCACAGAAAUGGAAACUCUGCAACCAGUUCCACGGGGCAGAAUCGGACGUGCACGAGCGAAAGAUGGUGUAUACGUGUUCGAAUCCAGUGAAAUCGAACAGAACCCCAUUAACAAACAGCCUGAGACUGGAUAUGGAUCUUUUCAGCCAACAAGUUAUUGGUCUGUCCCCGAACAGCGCGACUUCCCGGCGCUGCUGGGCCAUUUCGGUCGCGAUUUUGAGGGCAUCUCUGGUUGGAUGAAAACGAAGACAACGGUGAUGGUCAAAAACUUCUUCCAGCGCCGUCUAGACUCUGGUCACAAUGACUUUGAGCUGAUUGUCAAGGAUGCCGAGGAGAAGAAAGCUCGCGGCGAAUCGCCUGGGAAACUUCCGAAUCCAAGUGUUGCCCCAAAGCGACGCUACGAGGCGACCCCGUCUUCUAUCUCUGUCAUUCCUCGUCCGCUUGCUCCCCAUGGCGACAACAUGAUGGAUAUCGACGAAGCCCGCUUCCCUUCAAAAGGCAGGCCUCAUGGCCAGUCGCCGCAGCCAAUGUCUGUGCACAUGCGACCUAUGUCCGAGAAAGAGCGGAAUGCCAGUCGCUACCAACCCCUUGCUCAAGCUACCGCUGCCUCGCAGGUGCCUACUGCUGCAACCCUCAUUGAAGAGUCCACUCGUGCGAUUCGCGCACAAGGGGGCCCAUCACAUCGCGUGCAAGGCCCCAGACUUGGGUAUUUUACCGGGGAACGACGAGACCCUUCGAGCCUGCCAAAUGCUACUACUGGUGCGCAAGACUUGUCAAUGUCUUCACGUCAUCCAGGCGCCAUUUCAUCGGAUAAUGCACGCAUGGAACCUUUACCUGGACAGGGCUACAUGGCUGCACAGCCGCCAUCAUCCAUGUUCACGUCUCAUUCCCGUCAUCCGAGCUUGAACCAGGCACCCGGUUCACCGAGCCAACUCUCCAGACCUGAUCUUGAGAUAUCGUCUGUUCACCGGGAUCCGUUCCCCCAGCGAUCUUACUAUCCAAUUUCAGGCCAAGCAAUUGGAAUUUCGCCAUCGCCUCGCCCUGGCUUGUCACCUGUCAAAGAUGUCCCGCGCCCUAGUGCCACUCCGGGCCCUGAUGCAACUUCUCGCCAAGUGCCCGCGAAGCGGUCCAACAUCAUGAGCAUCCUCAAUGACGAGCCCGAAGAGCCUCAGCCUCGCAAGCGGUUCGCCAGUGAGCAAGCCCCGCCUGCCCAAGUCACGACACCCGCUGUCAACCCAAGACCAGUCUAUCAAGCAUCAGGACCCUCGCGCCACGAAGAGCUUGCCAUGUCGGGUAUAUCGCAGAAACCUUCUGGGUACGCUCAACAAACUCAAUACCAGCCGUCACCACGCGGCUAUUCCGAAUAUCCCAGCUACGGACCUCCACAUGGUGCCUCAAGCACUUCGGCAAAUACUGAUUGGAUGGCACGCUUUGAUCCACGGGCGCAACAGACACCUCCGCAGCCCCAAGCCCCAUCACUACCACAGCAGCAACCACCAUCCAGCAACCGUGCCCCUGGCUCUAUGGCUUCUCAAGGCUCCUAUGCGUCGUACGCGGCAACUCCAAGCCAGGCUCCAGUGCCCACAGCCAGCCUUUCUGCCCCGUCCCCGGCACCCACUCCACCACCAUCGAAUUCCUCUCAGCGAUCCGCUUAUCCCAGCGUCUUCACCCAGGCAUCUGCCCAGCCGCCAGUGGCCUCAGCCUCAAGAGAGAUGGCCCCGCAGCCUUCCUCCUAUCGACCAGGGUCACCGGGCUCGCGUUCUAGCAUGGCGUAUGGAUCGCGCCAAGAUCCACCGACACCCGCGCAGACUUCCGCUAGUGUUUAUGGUGUUCACUCACGCCAGCCUGGAACUUCCUCGUACUCGGCUGCGACCACCCCGAAUCCUGUUCAGUCGCAUAAUUAUCAACAACAUGUGCAAACAAUGGUCAGUGGAUCGCACCAGCCACAGUCUCAUCGAUCAACUCCUGUCACUUUAUCUGGCGGUUCUUCGCAAUACGGUCAUAGCACUCCUCCCCCGCAAUCCCAGGCUGGGAGAUCAAUGGCUUCGCUGGCGAACCUUGGACGUUCAUUCACGCCUCCGUCGGCUAUGCAUCCCUCAAUCGGUGGAAAUGCGAUGCCGGGUUACCCUGCUCCCCCUCCACCCGCGCCAGGUUCCAUCCCUUCGCUACACCAACGACCAGUUGCACCAGGGUCACUUGGUGAAAAUGGCUCUACGCCAAGGCAUCAUCGCGUUUACAGUCAUGGGUCAGCUCAAGGUCGAGUACCAGGAUCGCUGCCGCCCCCUUCACAGCAACCGCGCUAG